CAAAACUUGUUUGGCAUGCUGCUACAGUUUUUGCAUUCUAUUUAUACAUCUCCAUAACGCUUUCUUUUAUCAGCCAUUCCUGAUUUCUUAAGCCAACUCCUCUCCUCUAAUCUCUCCAUCACUCCUUUUCUUCUCUCUGGAUCGAUCAAACCGGGAGGGGUGAUUGAUUCUUUGAAAAAAUAAAGGAGGCCAUGAGGGAAGAUACAGAAGGUGCAUCAACAAACAGUAUUGCUGAUGGCCAGAAAACCACGAAUGGAGAAGAUCAGAAGGUUGCAUUCCACAAGCUGUUCACGUUUGCAGAUAGGCUUGACGUGGUUUUGAUGAUCGUUGGCACGUUAAGUGCCAUUGGUAAUGGCCUUGCUCAGCCUCUGAUGACACUCAUUUUUGGCCAGCUUAUAAACUCCUUCGGCUCCAGUGAUCGUUCAAACGUUGUUAAGGAAGUUUCCAAGGUAGCACUAAAUUUUGUGUACUUGGCUAUUGGAUCGGGCAUCGCUUCUCUUUUACAGGUGUCCAGUUGGAUGGUUACUGGAGAAAGACAGUCUACCCGCAUUCGAAGUCUCUACUUGAAAACAAUAUUGAGACAGGACAUUGGCUUCUUCGACUCUGAAACAUCCACUGGUGAAGUCAUUGGAAGAAUGUCUGGUGACACUAUUCUCAUUCAAGAUGCCAUGGGUGAAAAGGUCGGGAAGUUUAUACAACUACUAGCAACAUUUUUCGGUGGCUUUGCGAUUGGCUUCAUAAAAGGCUGGCUUCUUGCAUUAGUUCUGCUUUCCAGUAUUCCUCCUCUUGUAAUUGCUGGUGGAGUCAUGGCUUUGAUCAUGACAAAAAUGUCAAGCCGUGGACAGGUUGCUUAUGCAGAGGCUGGAAACAUUGUAGAGCAAACAGUUGGAGCCAUACGAACAGUUGCAUCUUUCACGGGGGAGAAGCAUGCAAUUGAAAAAUAUAACAGUAAGCUGAAAAUUGCGUAUAACUCUGCCGCCCAACAAGGGUUGGCCUCAGGCUUGGGUCUCGGUACCAUGUUGUUCAUUGUAUUUGGCACUUAUGCACUUGCCAUAUGGUAUGGAUCCAAAUUGAUCGUCGAGAAAGGUUAUAACGGUGGACAAGUUAUGACUGUAAUUAUAUCAAUUAUGACUGGAGGAAUGUCAUUGGGUCAGACUUCUCCAUGUUUGAAUGCUUUUGCAUCAGGGCAAGCUGCGGCAUAUAAGAUGUUUGAGACCAUUGAACGGAAGCCAAAAAUCGAUCCCUACGACACUAGUGGGAUGGUAGUGGAAGAUCUGGAUGGAGAAAUUGAACUCAGAGAUGUGUAUUUCAGAUACCCAGCUAGGCCUGAGGUUCAAAUCUUCUCUGGAUUUUCACUGCAAGUUCCAAGUGGCACAACUACAGCUUUGGUUGGGCAAAGUGGAAGUGGAAAGUCAACUGUUAUUAGCCUUGUUGAGAGAUUUUAUGAUCCUGAUUCAGGUGAAGUACUUAUCGAUGGUGUUGACUUAAAGAAGCUGAAGCUUAGCUGGAUAAGGGAGAAGAUUGGACUGGUUAGCCAGGAACCUAUUUUAUUUGCAACCAGCAUAAAGGAAAAUAUAGCUUAUGGGAAAGAAAAUGCAACUGAUCAGGAGAUUAGAACAGCAAUCCAACUAGCCAAUGCUGCAAAAUUCAUUGACAAAAUGCCUGAGGGACUUGACACCAUGGUUGGUGAGCAUGGUACUCAGUUGUCUGGUGGCCAAAAGCAAAGAAUUGCAAUUGCAAGGGCCAUAUUGAAGAAUCCAAAGAUUCUUCUUCUUGAUGAAGCAACAAGUGCACUUGAUGCGGAGUCUGAACGCAUUGUCCAAGAUGCGUUGGUGAAAAUCAUGUGCAACCGAACAACUUUGGUUGUUGCACAUCGUUUGACAACUAUCAGGAAUGCGGACAUGAUUGCUGUGGUUCAUUUGGGAAAAAUUGUAGAGAAAGGAAGUCAUGAGGAGCUGACAAAAGAUCCGGAGGGGGCUUACUCCCAGUUAAUUCGCCUCCAAGGAGGAGCUAUGGAUUCUGAAGAAUCUCAGGACAUUGAUGCAGAUAUGUCGAGAUCUAGUUUGGACAGAGACAGGUCCAUUUCCAGUCCUAGGAGCCAGAAACAUUCUGUUCAGGGAUCCAUAAGUAGAGGUUCAUCAGGAAGUCGGCGCUCCUUCACACUCAACACUGUUGGCUUUGGCAUGCCUGGUCCUACCAGUGUUCAUGAUGAUGAAUUCGAACAGAACAAUGAAAGAAAUGUAAAGCCUAAAGAAGUUUCUAUUAAACGACUUGCCUACCUCAACAAGCCCGAGCUUCCUGUUUUAUUUCUCGGCACCGUUGCUGCAGUUAUACACGGUGUGAUUUUCCCGGUGUUUGGCCUUCUACUAUCAAAAGCCAUUAACAUGUUUUAUGAACCUCCCAAGGAGAUUCGAAAAGAUUCCAAGUUCUGGGCAGUGCUGUAUUUGGGAUUGGGUUUUAUUACCUUUGCAGCCCUUCCACUGCAAUAUUACCUCUUUGGAAUUGCUGGUGGUAAGUUGAUUGAACGAAUUCGUUCCAAAACAUUUGAAAAAGUAGUGCACCAAGAGAUUAGCUGGUUUGAUGACCCUACAAAUUCAAGUGGUGCAAUUGGUGCAAGGUUGUCAACGGAUGCUUCUACAGUUAGGAGGCUUGUUGGUGAUUCCCUGUCCUUAAUUGUCCAAAAUAUAUCAACAAUCUUGUCAGCUUUGGUUAUAGCAUUUUCAGCCAACUGGAUGUUGACCUUGAUAAUCAUUGCUAUAUCUCCCUUGCUAUUUAUCCAAGGGUACAUGCAAGCAAAGUUUAUGAAGGGGUUCAGUGCAGAUUCAAAGAUGAUGUAUGAACAAGCUAGUCAAGUGGCUAAUGAUGCGGUUGGCAGCAUUAGAACUGUUGCUUCUUUUUGUGCCGAGAAGAAGGUAAUGGAGUUGUAUCAAAAGAAAUGUGAAGGUCCCACGAAGCAAGGUGUUCGGCUUGGGUUUGUUAGUGGCAUUGGUUAUGGCUUAUCAUUCUUUAUACUCUAUUGCACCAAUGCAUUUUGUUUCUAUAUUGGAGCUAUCUUUGUCCAAAAUGGGAAAACAACAUUUGGAGAUGUUUUCAGGGUUUUCUUUGCGUUGACUAUUGGAGCACUGGGGGUUUCCCAAUCUAGUGGCCUGGCUCCAGACACUGCCAAGGCCAAAGAUUCAGCAGCUUCAAUAUUUGCAAUUCUUGAUAGAAAGCCUAAAAUCGACUCAAGUAGAGAUGAAGGGCUCACUCUACCACAUGUUAAUGGUGAUAUUGAGAUUGAACAUGUUAGCUUUAAAUACCCGAUGAGACCACAUGUUCAAAUCUUCAGAGACAUGUCCCUUAGUAUUCCCUCUGGAAAGACUGUUGCUCUAGUUGGGGAGAGUGGUAGCGGGAAGUCAACAGUUAUCAGCCUCAUAGAGAGGUUUUAUGAUCCUGAUUCCGGUCACGUAUAUUUGGACAGUGUGGAAAUCAAGAAGUUCAAACUAAACUGGUUGAGACAACAAAUGGGUUUGGUCAGCCAAGAACCAAUACUGUUCAAUGAAACUAUCCGCGCAAAUAUAGCUUAUGGAAAGCAUGGAGAGAUUGCCGAGGAAGAGAUAAUCGAAGCUACAAGAGCAUCAAAUGCGCACAACUUCAUUAGCACACUACCACAAGGCUAUGACACCAAAGUAGGUGAACGAGGGAUUCAACUGUCGGGCGGACAGAAGCAGAGAAUAGCCAUCGCCAGGGCAAUCCUAAAGAAUCCGAAAAUUCUCUUACUCGACGAGGCAACGAGUGCGCUGGAUGCAGAGUCAGAGCGUAUAGUACAAGAAGCAUUAGAUAGAGUUAUGGUGAACAGAACAACCGUUGUCGUUGCUCAUCGCCUUGCCACAAUUAAAGGUGCUGAUGUCAUUGCUGUAGUGAAGAAUGGUGCGAUUGCCGAGAAGGGAAAGCAUGAUGUGCUCAUGAAGAUCACUGACGGGGCUUAUGCAUCCUUGGUCGCCCUUCAUAUGAGUGCAACUUGAGGACAAAUGGAAAAAUUUCUUCUUCCUCUUCUUCUUCUGCUGCUGCUGCUGCUGCCGGAGGGAGUUGCUAUUAAAGAUUUUGAAACACUCAUAUAUAUAUAUAUAUAUAUAUAUAUAGUAUUAGUUUUAUGGAUAUGAGAGCUAGCACUGGGCUGAAUGAAACUCAAUGAUACAUUAAAUUGUAUCCUUUUCUCGAUAGAAAGCUGUCAAUCUUCUUCGUCUCGGAUUUACAAAAAUAAUUUGAAUCUUCAAA